AUGGCAGGUGUUUCAAAGUUAUUCAGAACGUCUGGGAAGAGAGUAAAACCAUCUUUAGAUCUUCCUGAGGGAUUAUGCGGUCAAUUUUCACUGGCUGAGAUGAAGAUUGCUACCAAUAACUUCAAUGAUAAAUUACUAGUUGGUGAGGGGGAUUUUGGCCGUGUGUAUAAGGGGUCUAUUGAUGACUGUACCAGAAUCGUUGCAAUAAAGUGGUUGAAAUUCAAGCCGGGACAGGGUCUCGUUUUCAAGGACAUAAGGAUCAAGGUGGUGUUGCUUUGCCAGCUACACCACCCUAACCUCGUCCCUCUCAUUGAAUAUUGUAUUGCUGAAGGCGAGAAUAUCCUAGUCUUCGAGUUCAUAGUCAAAGGAAACCUCUUUAGAAGACUCCACUAUACAGACCACGAUGACCAUGAUCGCCUCUGGUGGAAACAAAGACUCCAGAUUCGCAUUGGAGUGGCGCUUGCACUGCACUACCUUCACAUUGCUGUCAAGCAAACUAUUAUCCACGGUGAUGUGAAGCCGGCCGACAUUCUGUUGGAUGAGAAUUGGGAGUUCAAGUUGUCAGAUUUCAAGUCGUCCAAGAUGGCUAUCUUCGGGUUUGUUAGUGGUUUAUUUUCGAAAUCACCAAGGAAAAUUGGGAAAAUCAGGAUAUUAUGA